GUGACAAAAUUUAUGUCCAAUUGUGUUAAUUCUGCACUGUAGGGGAGAUUUUGCUCGAAAUUGCAAUUUUUUUCAACUGCACUAUUCUUAUCCAUCUACUGAAUCAACCGAGAUAUUCCCUGUCAUCCUCUAGUCACAAGUGGCUGUGACACGGAACAGUUGUUGCACGCACAUCGCAUGGAGGCUGGUUGUGCAGAACUAACAAUCACUUGCAGACUCGCUGGAUUAAUGUGGGUGUGUGAGCCGUGCAAGUGAUCCUUGCUUUGCACUGUCACAUGAGCCCUUCUCACAUGACGGCUAUCAGGAUUGGAAGCCUGGCCAAUGUUAAUUCAACCUUGCAUGCGAGGAGGGUGUGCCCUUAGCUACUGUCCUGCCUUUUGCCAGCACAAGCAUAUAGUUUUGGUCUUGUGACUGUUUAACCAUUUCAUGUCUGCUCUGCAGUUGGGAGUGAGAUUUACCUGUUCAUUUGCUAGUCAUGCUUCAUAGGCAGGGCCUGACCUGACUGUGAGGCUGUUUAAAAAGCUAGUUCUUGCACGGGGAAAACAUUGCUACUGUGUUUGUUUGCUUAAUCGUGACUUGAAUAACCUGGAAAGAAAGCUGAGCUACUCAUCUCAUUCAAUGGAAUAAACACCAGGGCCCUUCUCUGUGGCACCUGUCGGUAAAGGAAUGUGCGGUGGGACACAAAGGAGUGGCAGCCGGGCUGAGUGCCCAGCCAGCAAGCUGAGAAACUCAUGGAGUGCUACUAGUUUGCUAGAGAGGAAAAUCACUGGCUGGGAGCGCAAGGCAUGGAAAGAGAAGCGAGUAAGGCAAAGCAGUACUGAUACUGGCACAGAUUUAUAUAUAACUCACAGCUGGCCUUGUUCGGAUUUUGACUUGAAUUGCAUCCGUCUGAUUGUUUACCAGGACUGUGAGAGAAGAGGCAGGCAAGUCCUGUUUGAUUCUAAAGCUGUCCGGGAAAUAAGAAAUGAAAGCACGCAGAGAGCAAGUGAAGAUGCGCCGGCAAAGAUCAGCACAAAGUCUUGCCAGACAAGCAGCAGUGGGACCUGCACCAUUUCCUCCUCCCGCAGUGCGUCAAAUGGUUCAACCCACUCAACUAAAGAUUCUCUGCCCAGAUACCAGUACACCAAGCCUGCCUCUGAUGUUAAUAUGCUAGGAGAGAUGAUGUUUGGCUCGGUGGCAAUGAGUUACAAAGGGUCCACUUUGAAAAUUCAUUAUAUUCGCUGCCCCCCGCAACUUUUGAUCAGCAAGGUGUUCUCGGCCAAAGUGGGAAGCCUCAGCGGCAGUACUAAUACCUUGCAGGACAGCUUGGAGAACAUUAAUCAAGACGGAGGUGGAGCAAAACUUGGUGCAAAUCAGAGUGGUCAGUUACCAGGUCAAAGCAACUCUAACUUAGGUGUUUUACAGAUGUGUGGUAGCAAACUGCUGCCUGCAAUGUUUGAAGCUCGUCCCCUCCGGCUCAUCCGGAGUGCCUCUUUCUUUGCAGCUCACAGCACACCUGUUGAUAUGCCCAGCCGGGGACACAGUGAAGACAAAGACAGCGGUAUUGCUCGAUCAGCUUCCCUGAGCAGUCUCUUAAUAACUCCUCUCCCAUCUCCGGGGUCUUCAUACUCGAGUAAUUAUGCCAGCAGCUACCAGCGGCGAUGGUUGCGGAGUCAGACAACAAGUCUAGAGAAUGGAGUCAUCCCACGGUGGUCAGCAGAUGAAUCAUUCAGCAUGUCCGAUGAAACUUAUACCUCCAACCCUGCCACAGUCGGCAGAAAGAAAAUUGCAGUCAGCAUCAUCUUCUCCUUACCAGAACAGGAGGAUUCCCACAGCAGUUUCCAAGAUUUUUUCUUCUCUCACUUCCCACUGUUUGAGUCCCAUAUGAACAAACUGAAGUCUGCUAUAGAAAAGGCUAUGAUUUCUUGCAGAAAAAUUACAGAGUCGAGUCAUCGGGUUCAAUUCUACCUUAGUCGGGUCAUGGAAGCACUUGGACACUUUAGGGAAACUAUCUGGAACCUGUACUCUGUACCUCGUGUUGCAGAACCGGUGUGGCUCACCAUGGUGUCCAAUAGUUCUGAGAAAAGUCACCUCUGCCAGCAGUUUCUCAAAGAGUUUGCUUACCUUUCUGAGCAGCUAAAUAAAAAUCAGUUUUUUGCAGCUUUACUAACGGCUGUGUUAACCUACCACUUGGCCUGGGUUCCAACUGUCAUGCCAAAUGGCCACCCUCCCAUCAAAUCCUUCUCAGAAAAACAUACUUCGCAAUCCGUCAACCUGCUGGCAAAGUCACACCCUUACAACCCCCUCUGGGCACAGCUUGGAGACUUAUAUGGGGCCAUUGGAUCUCCGGUCAGGAUGACUCGAACUGUAGUGGUCGGCAAACGGAAAGAUUUGGUUCAUCGCAUCCUUUACGUUUUAACGUAUUUCAUUCGCUGCUCAGAGCUUCAAGAGAACCAUCUUGUGCACAGCCGGCUUCUGAGGGACGGAGAGCAAAUUAUAAAUGGCAGUCAAAUGACAACCUCUCUGGAGAAGGGAGAGGUGGAAGAUUCUGAAUAUGUCAUUGUAAAUGUUAAUAAUGAACCAGCUCUGGUGCCGCCAUCUUUGCCCAACAACACAGGUGCAACUUCACCAAAACCUAAUUGGCCCGAGGGCAUGGGUGCAGAUGGUUCUAUAAGGAAAUCUGAUGGGUGUUUCUCACAGCAAGAGAAAAAUAGUCAUACGUUGUUGGGUGCAAAUGAAUAUCAAUCCACGCAUGGCAGUUCCAGCUCUUGCAAAGAACGCCCAAUUUAUGUUAACGAUCCCAAACUGGAGAAACUCAUUCCUGUCACAAGAACUGCAGCAUCUAGUGUUGAAAGCCUCAUGAAACCGGAAUACAUUUCAUCUCCUGUAACUACGUCAAAGUGGUCAAAGACUGGCCCGCAUACAAACAAUAUUAAUAGCGAGUGUCCGGUUGAUAAAGUAACUUUUGUUGUGGGCUGCUCUCCAUCACCGGACUUAGAAAGUUGUAGGAAGGGACUGACAGAAGCAGUAAACCAAAAUCAUGAGCCAUCUUGUGACCACUCCAAAGAUAAAGGUGAUAGUCCAGUUACUACACCAAAAAAGGAUAUUUAUUUGCGGAUUCCAUCCUGUGAUGUUUGUUCCAGUAUAUUUGAUGAGUACUUUGCAGAAGGGAAUAGUAUUGAAACAAAUACAGUAGAUGUCCUACCCUCCCAUGAGUUUUUAUCCAAGAAAUUCUUGCCCUCUGUUACAGAAGGAAAACAAUUCUACAGUAUUGACACAAGGACUUGUGAAAAUCCCCCCAAACACACUGCUAACAUGGGACCUAAUGUAUGUUCUUUCCCACUACCUUCUCAAGAUCUCCCCAGUGAGGCCCAACCAGAAAGCAGUGAGGUCAGAGCAGAAGGAGACAUUCCAAGAAAUGAAAGCUGUGACAGCGCCCUAGGAAACAGUGAUGACGAGUUUGUUACAUGUCACGAGACUUCCGAUUAUCACAAUCAUUCAGAGGUGGAACUUCCACUGCCAAGGUCUGAUGUCAUCAGCAACCCAAGUCUGAAAAACUUCGGCAGAUCUCUCUUUGCGGGCUAUUGCCCCACGUACAUGCCUGAUAUGGUGCUUCAAGGUAUAAGUAGUGAUGAAAAACUGAAGCAGUGUUUGCCAUCUGGUCUGGCCCAUGCAACACAUCACCCUGUGUUGGAUGAGCCAAUAGCAGAAGCUGUUUGUAUUAUUGCAGACACAGAUAAAUGGUCGGUGCAGGUGGCCAGCAGCCAGAAGAAGUCUUUGGACAGUAUGAAGCUUGGGACGGAUGUCUUGGUAUCUAGUCAAGUGUCCAGUUUGCUGCAGUCUAUCUUACAGCUUUACAAGCUCAAAACUCCAUCUGUGUUUUGUGUGAUGCAUCUUGAGGACAAACUGCAAGAGAUGUAUUUAAAAAGUAAAAUGCUGUCGGAAUAUUUGAGGGGACACACAAGAGUCCAUGUGAAGGAACUCGGUGUUGUUCUUGGGAUUGAUUCAAGUGAUCUUCCUCUGUUGGCUGCUGUGGCAAGUACACAUUCUCCACAUGUGGCCCAAAUCCUUUUAUAAGCUGGACUUUACAGUCAUUCCAUAGGCUGAAAAGGGGAAUCUACCUUUAAGGAAGAGAGCAAAUGCACUCUGGAGAAAGGAGUGAGAAGAGCAUGGACUUGUUUCUUCCAUAACUCUGCUUUCUCAUCUAGGAACCUGUUGAAGUUUACAUGACAUACAAGGAAUUGUGAUAUUCCCCAUGGCCUUAGUUUUGCUUUACUGGGGAGGAUGUAGAAGAACAUGUUGCAUACUACAAUAAUGACUUGGCUUUGUAUUCUAGUUUGGAUGUUGACAAACAAGGGAGUUAUUCUUAAAGGCAGCUGGAUAGCCAGGCAUUCCUGCUGCAGUGAACUUAUGGUGGGAGAGCUCCCUCAACGUAGCAUGAUUCUUCUGUGUUGUAGCAUUUGCUGCUUUCAAGUUUUUUUGUUGUUACGUUUGUUUUUGUUUUCUUCUACAGUUCUUUGUUCAGUUUUUUUCUCUGUAUAAUUGGCAUCAUGUAAUUUCAGUCAAUUUAAAACAGGCACACUUUAAAGGAAGCUGCUUUCAGAUGGAGUCAGUGUGGUUGUCAGAAGGAAAAAGUUUCUUUCCAAAGCUACUCUCUACAAUUCAUGUUCAUAGUCUGUGUAGUUUGUAUAGGGUGUAGGAGCUCCCAGGACAUGUUGUGAUGUAACAAGGAUAACUGUGCGAUACAAAUGACUUGAGUUGUUCUUGAGCGCUCAUUUAUAAAAUAAACUCUCUUUAUUAGGAAUGGCACAAUCUGCCUUUGGUUUGACACAAUUCUCCAUGUAACAGCAGAGUGGUCAUCAGCAUGGAGAACCACAACAAAGCACCCAAUGUGCCAUUCUUCUAAGGAGAAAGACCACAUUUGUGAGACCAGUAGGAAGGCUCUGAUACUUUUCUAUGGUUUACAUCAAGGAUGCGCAAUUUCAGGUCCUCCAGAAUUUGUUGAACUACAACUUCCAACACCUGACCCAACCAAGAGCCUUUGGAUUGAGAAAGUUGUAACUGAAGAAAUUCUGGAGGGUUUCCAGUUGCCCAUGCCUGGUUUACAUACUUCAGUUGUAUGUAGGUGGUUGACAUCACUGUAAUUUAUUAGCCUGCAUUCCAGCAGUUUGCACAUCUGUUCCAAUUAAGGUUCACCAGUUGCUUUAUUUCUCUACUGUUUAUCAUUUGGUGCUGGUUGAUUAAUCGAAUCCUGACGUGACCUUUAUUAACAUUAUUCAACUUAACUAUUGUUCUUUACCAUUUGCAAGACACUAAAUCCUAGUUGUUAUUUUUUUGUUAAUUUAAACAUAAAUAUAAAAGGUGACAAACUUUAAAUUAUUUUGUAAUUGAAGAAUUCUUGUAUUUGUUCCUUUCCGGUUUUGCUUCUGGAUUUAAUCUCAUUUAGCUGGGAAGUUGUUUCAGGCAAUCAGAGGAGAUGGUACUGUAAUCUAGUCCAUUCCCCUGGCCAUAUGAGCCAUUGAGAAAUGUAUGGCCCUGCUGAAAACUGCCUGGGAACAUCUGGGUUUGGGACAGUUGUAAAAGAGAGGAGUCAGAGAUGCAUCAAAAAUUCACAAGAAGAUCAUUUUGUUUUUUGGAGAGAGAAAUCUAGAAUUGCCUGAUUGCCUUUUUAAAAGGGCUUCCAAAGGGGAAAUUCCUUAUAUACAUUUAUUAGAUUAUAUCUGUAUCCCAAGUAUUUAGAUAUAAAAUGAGCGUAGAAAUCCAUUUUGGCCUCUGUUUAUUGAACACAAUUUUCUGAAUGAGUGUUUUAAGUUCAUUUUGACUGCUGCAUUUCUCCCUGAGAGCAUCCGGGUGGUCAGAACACCAUGGGGCCUAUUUAUCAUGCUGUGUAAAAAAAUUGGAGGAAAACAUCACCAGUGGUGUUGCCCAUAGCAACCAAUCAUCUUUGCUUUUCUAACUUGUAGGUGACUGUUGAAAUUGCUUGUUGCUAGGGGUGACAUCACCAGUGAUGUUUUCCUUAAAUUUUUAGGCCCCCAUCUGUGCAACGGCCAACUCCCAACAGGAGCCAGUAUGGCGGCCUACAAUGCUACAAAUGAGCAAAUGCUAACACUCGUGAUAAUUGAAACUUUCCAUUUUGAUCAUUCAAAAUAUUUCCUACAAGUGUCAAGGCACUUGGCAAUUACUUUCUUUCCAAGCAACAAAGAGCAAUGAUUGUUAUACUGGGGAUUGUGUUGCUUUUAUUUUAUUUAUCUUUUUAGG